AUGCCGUAAUUUUGGAAGUUUCCUACAUGUACUGCAUGUACUUACUGUGCAUCCUCUUCCUCUAGUUACCUACUUCACCUUCCUACCUCACCUUUUUAAUUCUCGACAUUGAAUUCUCGACUUUCAAUCUACUUAUUAGGUAUUUUUCUGUCCAAGACGUCGUCGCGCCUUUUAAUUACGCCCAAGUUUGGCACUCCUACAAGUAAAUUAAUCUAUUCUCGUUAUUCAACAAUCCCCCGUCAUGGAGGAGGAAUCUGAUAUUGAGGACCACACCGCGUCGGAUCGCAGUGAGGAGGAAUCCGGUGAAGACCUUGGCAACUAUGACCCCGACGAUUCCGACUCAGAAGAUGUCAACAAUUUCCUAGAUAUGGAAGCUGCCGAAUCUGAGAACGAGUAUGACGAAUUGAAUGAUACAUCUACCGCCGCGGAACCGUUUUAUUUCCCACAAUUCAGAUCAUUACCUCCUGAACUUCGUGCCCAUGUCUGGGAAUUCUUCGACCUGGAUCUUAGAGAGAAAGCCCGAGUAUUUCGCAUGUUUGUCAUGACAAGCCCGGUGCAGUUCUGGAGAAGCGCAGGUCUGAUAGAACAGACCGCCCCCGCAAGAGCAAUGCUAGCUACCCAUCGCGAAAGUCGCGCCCUGGCAUUGAAAUUCUAUCCCGACACUCUUGACAUACAUCUAGGGAGUGGUGUUAUUCGUUAUAAUAGCGAAAGGGACAUCGUACUUCUCUCUAUAAGCUCUAUCCUUCGUCCCGCUCACUUGGAAGACCUCUUUUCCUCUCUUGGAAGCACCAAAAAUAUUGCCUUUGAUGGCCUUCGAGAAGCUAAUAAAGCCAUACUCUAUCCGAGGCUGGCGGCUCAUCCGACGCUGAAAGCGGUAUUUCACUGUCAUGGUAGUCAUGAGUAUCCCAACGAUGAGCUAAGAUGGUGCGCGUCCGAUUUAGUACAGCGCUUCUGCAUAGAGCAGACAGAGCACGACCCAACGCUCGGCCCCCAGACUCUGAGGUCCAUGUUUUGCUGGCCCGAUCUCGAGAACCACCGAAAGUUUGCUGAAGAGCAUGCUGCUGAAGAGCAUGUCCAAACUCUCGCUGAGAACUCCAACCCUUUGACAAUUUGGACCAUGGUCGAAUUCGCAUUUGAUGAAGAGCUUCGCCUCUACCAAUCCCUCAAGUCCGGAAGGCUGCUGCCUUCAGAUUGGGACACCGAUGUGCCGUUCGAUUCGUCAGACGACGAUGAGUAUGAAAGCGAGGGAAUAGAUGAUGCGACAAUCGAAAGCAAUAGCGCCUCAGACGAGGAGGAGGAUGACGAUGAUUUGGUCGUGCAAUCUAAUUCUGAUGAAGAUGAUUCGUCUGUCUUCAACGGAUUUUCUCCCAUUCAGGACGAUAAUAUCCAUCUCUAUCUAGACGGUGAAAUGGAAGGUGGAAAAUUCUCUAGCCUCGAGCCCGAAUCCCCUCGUCGCCAUCAUGAUGCUUCGGAACAUGGUCUUUCUGACGAAGAACCAGUCCAGAAGACAGCCCGACGCAAACGUCGUAUCGUGUCUUCGGAUGACGAAGAUGAGUCUGCCAAUGAGAAUGACGAAGAGGUUCGAAUAUCGUCCCAAUCUGCUAAACGAAGUCGCGUUAUACUUUCGGAUACUGAAGAUGAGGACGGUGAUAAGAGUGAGAAAUCAUCUCGACCUGCCAAAAGAAGUCGCGUAUUCCUUUCUGAUACUGAAGAAGAGGAUGACGGGCAUACGGAUGAAGACGCCGAGAAAAACCGCAACAGUGUGCGCGAGUCAGAGUCAGAGGAGUCUGGCGAAUCCGAGGAUGAGGAACCUGUGAAGACGAAGCCGAUGUCUCUAUUUGAGAAGCUAAACCAGUUCCGCCAGGAAAACCCCAUCCCAUCGAAUUUAGAUACUGGCUCGGAUGUUGAAGCAUCGAUGGGCAGUGAAGGUUGGGAUGGAAACGACUAUGCUGGAUUUCCAGAUGAUGAAGUCGAAGAUGAAGAUGGGUUACUAGGAAAUGGUAGUCAGGUAGCGGAAAUGCCCGAAGAGCAUCUUGAUGAAGAUGAAGAUGAUGAGGGGUGGUAAUAGCCUAUAUGACAUGGCGUAGGAACCCAGGAAACAAUGGCUACCUUAGGUAGAUAUGGAGCAGGUCUUACAUUCGGAAGGGUAGCACUUACGUUGCAUGCGUUGUAUGGAGUUUCGAAUGGUUUUAACGAGCCAAGGAGUACAUACGUCCUGGAUUUAGUCUAAAUUCGCUUGUUGCUUCGCUACGUCGGGCAUUUGCAUUUCUAAGUUAAUGCGGUUUAUUCAUUUUCAGAUUUGGAGUACGCGCUGGUUUCAAAACGCAAUAAUAAAAGCCAUUGACGGUUAUAAAUGCAUUCCCUCAUCAGCAUUGGCGAGGUCUUUAAGAGAAUAGGGAGAGCAAUCGGAUUUUAAAUAUAUCUUGUUAGUCAUUACGAGGACAUGGAGGAGCUAAUUAAUAUAAUCCUAUCAAGUU